AUGGGUUCCCCUGUAUCCUUACUGGUUGCCAACCUUUACAUGGAGGAUUUUGAAUGUAGAGCAUUGUCUACUGCUCCUACCCCUCCAAACCGAUGGAACCGCUAUGUGGACGAUACCUUUGUGGAGAUACAGGAGUUAGCCAUUCAAAAUUUCACUCAACACAUCAACAGCUUCGAUUCCAACAUCAGGUUUACUAUGGAACCAGAGACAGAUUCCAAACUUCCAUUCCUAGACACCUGCGUUCACAUCAAAAGUGAUGGAUCCACCAAAGUAACCAUCUACAGGAAGCCGACUCACACCGAUCAUUAUUUGAAUUUUGGGUCCAAUCACCAUCUAGCACACAAGAGGUCCGUGGCUCGCACUCUUUGCCAUCGGAUCGACCAAGUCAUCACAGAAGAGGAGGACCGCGAGACUGAACUUCACCACGUCAAAAAACGCUCUCACUGCCAACGGUUGAUCAGCCUGAAAGAUAAGACCCCAGACCUCAAGAAAUGUGGCCUCGUAUACCAGAUGUCGUGUGAUGGUUGUGAAGACACAUAUACCGGGGAAACAGCUCGCACUCUGCAGACCCGAUACAGAGAACACACCAGUAGGUCAGCCCACCUGACAGCAGUUGGUGAACAUAUAUCCACCCCAGGACAUGGCAUCUCCGUGGACAAUGUCAAGAUCAUCGCCAGGGAGGACGACCUCUGGAAACGCAAAAUCAGCGAGGCCGUGGAAAUCCGCAGACACCACCCCCAUAUGAAUAGAGAUGGAGGGUACGAGCUGGCCCACGUGUACGACCGCCUCCUGUUGUGCGACCAAGCUUGGUCACGUGAUGGGUCACGUGAGGGCCUCAUCAACACCAGUUGGCAAAGACACAUUGAUGGUGUCGCAAGCUCCUGA